GGGAUUCCCCCAAGGGCAUAAGGCGAGGGUCAGUGGACAAGGGUGUCUUUGAUGAGUUUGAAACGCAGCUCUAGUCAGUUGCACAACUGAAUGCAGUCAACUGAAAUGUGAGAAUAUGCCCCAGUAGACAGCCAGUGAAAAUGCACUCCAACAACAGCUGCGGAUCCCAACCUUUGGAAUGAACGUUUGAGUUCCUCCCUUCUAAACUCCCCUGUGGUAUUGUGCUCCAUACGUCAUCAACUAGUUUAAUUUAAAAAGACCACCAGUGGGGCUUUUAUUUUCUUAAUGGAAAAUUACCAUCUCGUUUUUCUUUCUCAACGAGACGCUAAUCUAUGUUUCCAUUUUAUCUUAUAAAAUGUAAAAUGUCCACAAUUGUGUAUAAUUUCACUUCUCUCCCAGGUUCAGGAUCACAUUCUCUGUGGGCACUUGCAACCUACAUCACCGGAGAGACGCCUUUCCCUGAGUUUACGGUUGUGUUAAUGUUGGACGAUGUUCAAGUGACUUACUAUGACUCCAAUAACAAACAGUCUGUCUACAGGGGACAACAUAUCACAGACGAAAACAAGGACGAUGAAGCUCAGGACGGAGCUUAUGUAUUUGGAGUAAUAUACCAGAGCAUGAAAGACAGAUCAUUUGAACUAAAGCACCACUUUAAUCUCACGGAAGGUGUUCAAGUUCAGCAAAAAUUAACGGGCUGUGAGAUGUUGGACAAUGGAGAACCAGCCUUGGUCAUGUUUAAGGAUGCGUUCAAUGCCAUUUAUACAGAUCGAACAUUAUAUUACAACAUGACACAUUUUACGUACGAUGCUGGGAGAAUACUACUAGGAUGGGAUGGGAUGAGGCAAGCAUAUGAAAGAACACUUUAUGAGAAUGUUUACCUUCCUGUUUGUAUAAAAUCACUGAAGACAAUCCUGAAGAGAGAGAAGAACGUUGUGAUGCGUAAAGUUCCUCCCAGACUCAGGUUGAUAAAGAAAGAGGUUUCUGGAGGGUUCCAGGUGAGCUGCUUGGCGUUUGGUUUCUACCCCCGCCACAUCAACAUGACCCUGCUGAGAGACGGCCAGCCAGUGGCAGAACAGGAGCUGACAGGGGGGGAGGUGCUGCCUAGUGGAGACGGGACCUACCAGCUGAGGAAGAGUCUGGAGGUCAGUACUGAGGAGCUAAAGAAGAGACACAACUACACCUGUACUGCCUCUCACCUCAGUCUGGACAACAAGCUGGAUGUCAGUUGGGAGUCUGGGGCAGAGAGAGUUCACCUAUCUACCCUCUCAGUUCUACUGGUGAUGCUGCUGGUUGUUAUUCUAUUGGGCAUUUUCAUUUGUGUCAAAAGGAGGUGGAGUAACACUGCCUCACAGUCUAAACUGGUCAACGUUGAUGCAACAGUGUCAGAGGAAAUUAUCCUGUCUUCAGAUUCUGAGAUUUAAUAAAAUGUUGGGACAGAACUUUUCAGAAAAAUUCAGCUAAAUCCACAAAAUAGGACGACCCACACUAUUAUCAUUUGUAUUAUUAUUGCAGUAUUACAGAUGUAGGAUCUUAAUUUGAGCCAGUACGCGACAGCAGGAAAACAACACUGCAGCAACAGGAAAAAUCCUACAUGCUUUACAUUUCCUGCAACAGCUUCCCCUCAACAAAGGACUGUAAAGGAUCAGUUUGGGGAGACUGUUGACAAUAACCAACAUCUGGGCGUUAGUCCAGAUCUGCAUUUAUAUAUUUUAUAGGCUGGUUUGGCAUCCUGAGCAUUAACAAUUGUAAUCUGGUAGUUAUUUAUGUUAUGUAAUCUGUCAUUUAUAAUCAUGACUAUUCAUUAAUUUCAGAAUGUACUCAAAAUCUGUGCUGUAUCAGCUGAUAUCCAGUAUCUUACCCAGAAGGAGAUCAUGUGAUCAUGUGUAUGAGGUCUGUUUGUUAUUGUAAUGUCUUUACAGUGUCUGUGUUGUAUUGUAUGUAGUGUAUGUUACCCCCAGGCUGUACAGUAAUACCUUUAUUACAGACAAUGAAAUAUAGACACAUUUAUUACUGCAUUGAUUCAUGUUAACUACAACAUUAAUUAAUUUAUUCUCUGUGGAACUAGUUUAUCCCUGUGGAAGGAAGAAAUCUGACACUCUAUUUCACUCCAGUUUAAGACUGGCAUGAGUAUUAAACUAAGGUGAAUGUUGUAUGCAUUAUAAACAAUUAAACCGUUUUACGAUAGGAAUCCUUUAUUGGGA